AUGGCCGCCGCAGAGACGCGCAGGCUGCUUGAGCAGCUCAUGGGCGAGCAGCUCAUGACUGGCACCGACCAGCGCGCGCCCCAGCUUAGCAUCACCGACCCGAAAGUCUGUCGCUCGUACCUCGUCGGCAACUGCCCGCACGAUCUCUUCACCAACACAAAGCAAGACUUUGGCCCGUGUCCCAAGGUGCACAACGAGGCGCUCAAGGUCGAGUAUCAGGAUGCCGCACCCGAGCAGAAGCGCAAGUGGGGCUUUGAGUUCGACUACUUGCGAGACAUGCAGAAGCACGUUGAGGAGUGCAAUCGCCGCAUUGACCAAGCGCAGCGGAGAUUGGAGAAGACCCCUGACGAGAUUCGCCAGACUAACGCCUAUCUCAAAACCAUCAACGAGCUAACCAAGUCCAUCGAAGCCGGCAUGCUCGAAGUCCAGAUCAUGGGCGAGGAGGGCAUGGUCAACAUGGCCGUCCAAGAAUUCUACAAGGUUCGCAUCAAGAAGCAGGAGAAGGAGGAUGCUGAGAAGCAGCUGAGAAACUUGUCCGACACAGGGGGGCCAUCUGGCCAUCAGAAGCUCCAGGUCUGUGACGUUUGCGGUGCUUAUCUCAGUCGUCUUGACAAUGAUCGACGCUUGGCAGAUCACUUCUACGGCAAGAUGCAUCUUGGAUACGCUCAGAUGCGGAAGUCUUACGAGACUCUCCAGAAAGAGCUCAAGGGCCGUGCUCCGCCACCGCGCGACCACUACCCGCCAUCGGGCGAUCACGACAUGAACGGACACCGAGGCGGCCCAGGAGGAUGGGGUGGAGGAGGUUACGGCGGCGGUGGCUUCGGUGGCCGGGGCGGACGACGUGGUCGCGGAAGGAGGGGCGGUUGGUAA